AUGCAGCCGCAGGAGGAGGAGCGCGGAGCCGGCUACUUUCCUUGUCCUUUGAAGAUUUCUGAAGUCAAUUCCUUGGGCCACUUUGUACGGAUAGUGAACUCUUCUCCACACCAAGCUGUUGAUAUAAGUGGCUACAUCCUGUGGCAGUUGGAAGGAGGACAUGCUGUGUCUAUGUAUCGCUUUCCACAGAACUUGAUCCUUCCGGCUCACCAGCAUGUUACGGUUUGGGCAUCUGCACCAAAAGUUUCUCAUAACCCACCUACAGAUCUAUUAUGGAAAGGACGUGUGUACUUCAGAAGCAACCCACAAUGCAUCACUGUCCUGUCACGGCCAAAUGGUCAGCCUGUAGCAUCCCAUCAGACUGAAGAGUCGCCUUCUAUGUAUACCAGCGUAAGAAAGAGUGCAUCACAGGAUCAGAAAAUCAGAAGGUGGCCUGUUUUAGACCAGCACCAACAUAGCUGCAACCUACCAUCACCUGCUAAUCUCCCCAGAAGACACAGUGUCUCGGCUAUGCUGUACCGGGACAGUAGGGCACCUCAGAAUAUGUCUAACCCAGCUAAUGCUGUACAGCAGCUUUCUCCCACCUUCAGAAAUCCAGCAUUAACCAAUUCUAGGCCUGCAUCUAUGUACGUUACUUGGCAUCCAAGCAGGUUGAAUACGGAUAGCCCUCUCGUGAGGCUUGUGGCCCAGAAGACUGCCCGUUCCAGACGUGGAUUUAAAUUCCUCAGUCACAUUCCCUUUACCUUUGAUGUUAUGCGAGUGUAGAAGAAUACUGUAUGUCUUGUCAUAGUUUGCAGAGGGUAGAAUCAAGAACAAGCUAUACAGUAUGAGAAGAUAAUUGUGUACACAACAAUACCAAUUUAUCGAAAUGUCCAUUUCCCACAUCAAUCAGUGAAAUCCUUGGUUCUAUUCUUGUACAUUCUCAUGGUACAUUCUAAUGGGAGAAUAAAAGGGAGGAUGUGGUUUCUAGUGGCAACAAUAGAAAUGCCUUUUUUAAGACCCAAACAAUGCUCAUAUAGUAUAAAAAGAAGUAAGAGAGAUCAUCUUUCAGCAUUUUAACUAAUGGGAGGAUACGCCAAAUGGUUGUCUUGUUGAAUGUUGCUCUUUUCACAAAAUUUGUUUCAAAAGCUUUUUGGAGGUUUCGGUAGCAGAACACUUAGUAAAUACCUCUCAAUUCCCCUCAGAGCUAAAUAGGGAGUGUCAAGUCUAGCAAACAGAUAUCACGGCUCUACAGAAUGUGAAAUAUUUUAACUAUAUAUUCAUCUACAAAACUUUUUAAAGAAAUGAUACAUCGUAGGUACACCUAGAGUGGCUAGAAGUGAAAUACAAACCUGGCCAAAUCCCUAGAUUCAAUUCUAAUCAUUAUUAUUAAUUAUUGCUGGGUAAUAAACCUAAAGGGCGAGAGAAGAGGGUGGGACUUUAUUUGAGGCAUGCACCCCAGGAGAUUGGCAAUGACAGUUGAAAAAGGGCAAGUAAAAGAAUCAGUAGAACCAAACGCAUAACAUGAAAGCAUUGCAUAACAACAAUAGGCAGUCAGUUAUUUAAUAGCGUAAAAAUAGAAAUAAAACAGAUACAAUAGUAACAUAAUAAACCUGGUACAAUAAUCAAAGGACAUUGCAUAGAUUCCAACAGUUCAUGGUAACAAUGAUCAAGAUAAUUCUAAUUGGUUCAUACUGAAAAUAGUACAGGAGGCCAAUUCAUUAAAGCGUAUCUCCAUGGUAUAAAAAUAAAAUUGUGUACGUAGGUACAGUCCACUGGUAUGGAAGGGAAAACAUUGAUAAUACCUUGUCAUAUAUUUUGACCAAUAGGUCAUCUAAUGGCUCGUAGUAAUGUAUAAUUGGUCAAGGGUAUAGACAUUGUGCAAAAUCAAUUGAUAGAAAUAUCUCCAUAAUAAUUGUAAAUCAUGAUUACAUGAUACAUAGAUAUAAUUAAUAUAUAUAUACAAUAAUAAAUAAUACAGUAGCAGCAAAUAUACAGGGGGCAUCGAGUAGCUCCCCCGUAGUAGUUAUAGCCAUGAUAAAAUGAUGAAGAAAUAUAGGAUCGAUGUAUAGACUGGUAGAUAGUAAAGUAGCAACAAGUAUGAAGGGGGCAUCUAUUGGAUCAACGCGUUUCGUGGCUAAUGCCACUCUUCAGGAGCAGGGUAUGAGGUAGAAGUCUGUAGAUAUUAAAAACAAUAUAAUAUAAUAUAAGGUAGGAAUAAACCUAAAGGACUGGGCAAAACAAUGAGAACAUAUCAGAAAAUAUUUUAAAUUGUGAAAUUGAAGUAUAACUAAAGGCUUUUUUUGUUUUGGAUAGAAUGGAGAAUGAUUAGAGCACCUAUGCGUUUUUAUUGCCAUCUGUACUCCCGUUAGGGAAAUUCACCUUCUCUAUUUGUCCCAUGUACCGUUAUCAUUGCAGGUGAAAAUCAGAGAAAAUCCUACAUUUUGUCUUGUUCCCAGAAAAGUAAAAGAGGACAAAACUUUCAAGGAGGGCACUCAUUCUGGUGACAUCCAGGGAUUCCCUCACUUUAACCUCUUGGCGCAGACAGUACACAAAUAUGUGGCCUCUCGGCAGGUGGGCCUUAACGUAGAGUGGCCACAUAUUUGCGCACCAGAACGUAAAUACAACUGUGCCGAGAGUAUGCACCCUGCGCUCUCCUGGCACACUUACUAACGAAAAGCUACUUGUGAUCGUGAGCUUUCCGAUCAAGUGACCGCUGUGACAGGCAAUCACGGUGGUCACAUGGUCCUAAACGCUGCCCUGCCUCCUGCCAUCUGAAACCCCUUAAAGGGCCGGGAGGCGCCAGUGCCAAGGGGUUUAAGAUAUUUGCCAUCACUUCCUGUUUUGGCUAGGGGACAGGAAGUGAAGGGAAAUCUCCCCAAUGGGAAAAAAAAUAAUCAAAAAACCAAUCGGCAAGGCUUAUAACCAUCGCUUAUUUUAUGGAAAAAAAGUUUUACCUUUUAGUUCUAAUUUAAGGGACAACUCCAACAAUAGGAAAUGUAGUUCUACUGGUAUUUCAAACCCUAAACCGCGGGCAAAGGACAGUUAUAUGGUUAAGAUGAAUAGGAACGGAGGACAUGGUUAUCAACAGUAUUUAUUGAACAGUAUCAAAUGAGUUUAAAAUAAAUAUGUUACAACACA